GUUAGAUUGUCGAAGCCAAACCAAACUGACAUGAAUCCAAAGCAAACCACCCCCCCACCACGAGUCCACCACCGCCACCCCCACUUUCCCCCUCGCCCCACCGACACACAAGCAAUGGCCUCGCCGGAGGUAGAGGCCUCACCGCCGUCCACCCCGUCCACCGCUUCCUGCCCAACGCCUCGGCCGGUGGUAGCCGCACCAACCCUGAGCCCUGCGCUCCUUCGCGCGGCGCGCAGCGGCGACGAGCGGCGGCUCGUCAAGGAGCUCCUCGCGGACCCGGCCGCGCCGGACCUCGAGACCGCUGCCACCGCGGCAGGCAACACGCUACUGCACGUGGCCGCAUCCGGCGGGCACGCGGCGCUCUCCGCGCUCCUCCUCCGCCGUGCCCCUGGCCUCCUUGCUGCGCGCAACGCCGCUCUGGACACCCCGCUCCACCUCGCCGCUCGCGCUCCUGGUGCCCACAAGGUCGUCGCUCUUCUCCUCGCUUCCUCCUCCUCCGCCUCUUCGUUGCGCGCCUUCACCCGCGCGACUAACAGGCGCGGGGAGACGGCGCUCCACGAGGCGGUGCGGGGCGGGCACGAGGCCGCGGCGCGUGCGCUGGCCGCUGCGGACCCGGGGCUCGCCGGCGUGUGCAGUGGCUCGGGGGAGACGCCGAUUUACAUGGCUGCGGCGGCAGGGUCACUUGGGAUGGUGCGCGUUCUUAUAAAGUCAUAUAGGAACGGCAGCGACGACGACGACAAUGAGGUGCCUGUAUUGUGUUCGGGCACGGGCCCGGGAAUGCGCACGGUGCUGCACGCCGCUGUCCUCACGAGCAACGAAAUGUCACAGGAACUGUUGCAGUGGAACCCGGCUCUUGUGAAACAAGUUGAUGAUUCAGGAAGUACUCCUCUUCAUUAUGUUGCAUCUGUUGGAAACAUUUCCGCAUUGAAGCUGUUAUUGAGAUAUGAUACUUCUCCAGCAUAUGUCCGAGAUUCAAAUGGCUUGUUUCCUGUACAUAUUGCUGCUAAAAUGGGAUAUGGUAAACUGGUAUAUGAACUCUGCAAACACUGCCCAGAUUCUGAUGAGAAGCUUGACAGUAAAGGAAGAAACUUCCUACAUAUUGCUGUCGAGCAUAAGAAAUGGAAAGUUGUUUGGCAUUUCUGUGGUACCCCAGAACUUGAAAGAAUGGUGAAUGUCAUGGAUUAUGAAGGGAAUACAGCUCUGCAUCUUGCAGUGAAGAAUGCAGACCAGAUGAUAGUGAGCCUUCUGAUGGGAAAUAAAGGCAUACUGCCAAAUAUUGUGAACAACCAGGGCCUCACUGUGUUAGAUCUUGCGGUACUGGCAACUGACAAAGGGAUCAGUUACACACUGAAUCCACAGGUCAUUAUACUUCGCUGUUUGGCAUGGACUGGAGCAGUUCUUAGUCCGCGUCGCCUGGAUCAUUUUAUAGAUGAGUUCAACAUUGGGAAAGCCUCUGCAGAUGAGCUAAAGAAAUUUAGCAACAUUGCACAGAAUUUAGUCGUUGGCUCUGUGCUUGUCUCAACAGUCACAUUUGCAGCAGUAUUCACUCUGCCCGGUGGCAACAUAUCUGAUGGUCAUCCACAUGCUGGUGCACCAAUUUUGUCACACCGGUAUACCUUCAAGGCAUUUGUGAUGGCGAACACACUUGCAUUUGUCGGCUCUACGUUGUCCACUAUCUGGCUCACCUAUGCUGGUUCAGAACAUGUUCAUCCACUGCUUCGUGCUCUCUACAUGUUCUUCUCUGUGAUUUCGAUGGAGCAGGCAACGAGAAGCAUGGUUGCAGCAUUUGCACUAGGAGCUUACGUUGUUUUGAGUCCAGUUAGUGAGAGGAUUGGCAUUGUAGUAUGCCUGUGUACUGUCGGUACCCUCUUGCUCCGGAACCCAUCUAAUUGGCAGCUUGGAUUCCUGUUUAUGCCAAUAAAAAGGCGAUUGGGCUGGAGGGGAGCUUUUAAAGCUCAUUUGCCUCAACAAACGAGGAGCCGUCUUACAGUAGGCAUUGGCUCCAAUUUUGCAUGUUUGAUCCUACGGAGGAUGCUUGGUGAUCUGUUGGGCGGCGUACUGGCUCCGUACUUGAUCCCCACUGCUUCCGACGGGGGCCAAGGAUUUUAUGAAUUUUGGGUGCAGCCGUAUGGAGACGGUAGAACGGGCUUUCUACAACCAGUUUGGGUGGCGCGCCGAGCGUAGGCUGGAUAAUGGAUGAUCUUUUCAGCCUUUAUGUUUUUUUAGCACUCUUGAGAUGUACUUGUGGAUGAUGUUAUGAUACUUGACUUAAUAAUAUUAUAGCUGCGUGCAUCGAUUGAUGCAGAGGUC